ACACCCCGCAACCUCCAAUUCGGGAUUGAGAAAAAGGCAGAACCUCCUCUGUAUCCAAUUCAUUCAUCUUCAUCACAAUUUUCUCUCUCUUCAAUCCAAAUCCAUUCAAUCCCAACACCCAAAUUCCGCUCUGUUUCUCUCCAUAAUUUCGCCCGUGAAGAGGGUAUGCUGUGAUACCAGCGGUCGCCCGAGUAUAUGGGAACGGACUCCGAAUCGAGCUCGGGUGGAUGGAGCCGAGCUCGGGGGUUGGUUCUGAAGACGCUGGUGCUGAUUGGUGGCACCGUCUUGCUCAAGAGACUCACUAAAUCCACCACCCGUUGGGACCAUGCUAAAAUCGUUGCUCGAUCGCUUAGCGGUGAAAAGCUUUCAAGGGAGCAAGCAAGUAGAGAUCCUGAUCAUUACUUCAACAUCGGAAUGCUUACAUGCCCAGCAGCGGAGAUGGUGGAUGGUUCAAAGGUUUUAUAUCUUGAACAGGCUUUUUGGAGGACUCCUCAGAAACCCUUUCGUCAGAGAUUUUAUAUGGUGAAGCCAUGCCCAAAAGAUUUAAAAUGUGAUGUCGAGGUGAGUACAUAUGCAAUCAGAGAUGCAGAGGAGUACAAGAACUUUUGUGAUCGUCCAAAAGACCAGCGCCCAUUGCCUGAAGAAGUUAUUGGUGACAUUGCUGAACAUUUGGCAACAAUACACCUCAAACGCUGUGAACGUGGAAAACGCUGCUUAUAUGAAGGUUCAACUCCACCAGGAGGAUUCCCAAAUUCAUGGAAUGGAGCGACGUACUGCACCUCAGAACUUGCUAUUUUGAAGAAUAAUGAGAUACAUACCUGGGAUAGGGGUUAUGAUGAUGAUGGAAAUCAGGUUUGGGGAGUGAAGGAAGGCCCUUACGAGUUCAAGCCAGCACCUGCAUCCAGUAACAACACCAUGUUGUCUCCUUUAAAUUUCCCUCCUUUGCAGACCAUGGAUAAGAGGAUAGAGGGCUCAUUUGUCUUGCAGGAAUGAUCAGUCUCCUAUGACCAUAUUCAUAUAGAUUUUCUACUUUGUUACAUAAGCUGGAAUAAGUUUUUCAAAGUUCA